AUGAUUCAAUAUUCCCGGAAAGAAAAGACUGUUUUAGCAUCUUCUCAAUCACCCAAAACGAUGGGGGAAGUCAUGCUAGGGAUGCCAGGACUUUGGGCUGAUGAUAAUUCUGAAGCAGCUGAUCAUUAUACAACCAAAAUCGGUGGAGUUCCAGAUUGGCCUUUUCUCCAUUCGAUUAUAAAACCUGAUCUUCUUAAGUGUGAUUCAUGUGGAGAGAAACUAUGUCUUGUGGCUCAGAUUUAUGCUCCUAUUUCCAGCACAACAAUGACAACAGAAGAGCGUGUUAUUUACAUAUUUUCUUGCAUUGCAACAGCUUGUGAAACCAAGAGAUGGCGUGCUCUUCGUGUUCAGAGAUCUUCCACUGAUAAAGAUUCAAACCCUUCAUCCCAUGAUUCUGUUGCAUCACCAUCAACCACUAAGUUGCAAGAUGAUCCAUGGGCAUUCAAUGAUGAAGAAGAAGAUGAUGAUGAUGAAAUAGAUCUUGAUGCCAUAUGUAAGGCCCUUAAUGAAGCCACAACUUUAGCUUCAGCUUCCAAAACGAAAAAGCAGAAUACUUUAUCAGAUUCAAUUGAAAACCCCUCACCUAUAAGCCUAAGUAGAUCCAUUGAUGACAAGACACCAGUGUUACCAUGCUUUUAUAUAUAUCCUAAGGAGGAAAAUUAUUUAGAGGAUGCUGCUGCUCUCAAUAAGAGAGAAUCUAAACAUAAAAUUGAAGAGAAGAAAGAUGAUGAUAAUGAUGAGAAAGAAUCAUGGAUAGGGGAAAGUUAUGAGUAUGAUAGAACCCUACAUGCUGACAAAACUUAUCUUAAAUUCAAGAAACGAUUGGACGUGUAUCCAGAGCAUUGUUUCAGAUACUCAUAUGGUGGGAAGCCACUUUUGGCAACUUCAGAAGCAGGGGAUCCUGGAAGAUGUUUGUUGUGUGGUGAAAUAAGGCACUAUGAAAUGCAGCUUAUGCCUCCAUUGUUAUAUUUUCUACAGGAAGCAUCAAAGAAUCAGUCAUUGGAAAAUUGGGAUUGGACAAGUGUAAUUGUGUAUACUUGUUCUAAGGGAUGUGCACCUUCUUUGAAGCAGGAAUGUAACGGGUGGAUUGUGGCUGAAGAGGUCGUGGUCAUACAAACAGAGUAGAAGUCAACAUUUAUGUUGACCAUACCAAAUCAUUUGUUUGAUAAAUUUAUAUGAAAAAUUGUCUCCUUUUGUAUAGAUAGUUGAAAUUUUAUAUUGUUAACAUUUCUCUACCAUGUAUUUUGCUUUUAUUUUACCAUUGACCUCAUAAUACUUAAACUUAAGACUUACCACAUUCUCACUUAUGAAUUAUAUUGGGUAUAAAAGUAAGAU